UCAAAGUGUUAUUGAUUGCUGUUAACCGUUUGUCGUAGAAACUAAAUAAUUAGACUGCACAAAUGAACCAGCUCGUAAAAUGACGUCCGCAGAUACGUAUAAUCUUAAUAAUGGCCUCAAAAUACCUGCACUUGGUUUAGGAACUUUUACGGUCACAGACGAAAAGCUUCUAGAAACUGCUAUAGAUACCGCUUUGGAAGUCGGAUAUCGCCAUAUAGAUACCGCAUAUAUCUACAGGAAUGAACACAUUAUCGGGAAAACUCUUAAAAAAUGGUUUGAUUCGGGAAAGUUAAAAAGGGACCAGGUUUUCGUCACUACGAAAUUAUCAUCUGACGGAGUUCACCCUGAAAGGCUUGAAAACCAAUUGAAAGAAUCGUUAAAAAAUCUUCAGCUAGAGUACGUUGACUUGUACUUAAUUCACUUCCCAAUUGGCACGAAACCUAGAGCACCGGGCGAUACUGCAACCGAUAUUAUCGCUGAACCGACUGAUCACAUAUCCAUUUGGAAAAUAAUGGAGAAACAGGUGGAAGAUGGCCGUACAAAAUCAAUAGGCGUCUCCAACUUCAACGAAAAACAAAUUGAGAAUAUUUUGAAGAACGCGAAAAUAAAGCCCGCGUGUAACCAGGUUGAAGUCCAUGUUUAUCUGCCUCAAAAUUCACUGGUCAAAUUUUGUCAAGAUAACGGAAUAGUUGUUAUUGCAUAUUCGCCCCUAGGAAAUCCAGGAAUUAAUGAAUUUAGGGCAAAGCUAGGGAGACCACCGCAAUCUCUUCCAGAUAUGCUGAAUGAUACACUGAUAAAACAGAUUGCAGAAAAGCACAAAAAGAGUGCUGCACAGGUCAUGCUUAAAUUUCUACUUCAAAGAAAGAUCGCUGUUAUACCUAAAAGUAUCACGCCGAGUAGAAUUAAAGAAAAUUUUGACUUGUUCAACUUUAGUCUGGAUGAUAGCGAUCUCAAACUGCUGGAUAGUUUGAAGGUUGGAGAAAAGGCCAGAGUUUGCAACUUCAGUAAUCUCCACGGGUUCAAAAAUCACCCCGAAUGGCCUUUUCCGUCCGAAGAGUAAUUUGUACUAAAGUAUAUCAUUUUUUGUAAACUUACAAAUAAAAUAUG